AUGUUUAGUGGGAGAAAAAUUGUAUAAAGGGAAUUUUCUCGUUAAUCUUUUGUCGUUGGUCAAUCAUCUUCCUAUUGUGCAUUAGACGGACGACGAGGGGUUCUGUGACUUGCGGACMAAAAAUUUUUUCCUUCGUGUUCGUACUCGAGUUAUUCAAGUUUAUCGAUUAUUCAUAGUUUCUAGUUUACAGUAUUCUUGGCGAACGAUUGAUCGUAUUAGUAAUCUUAUCAUAAUAUCAUGUUGUGUUAGUUAUUCAAUCGCAUUUGUGAUGUUGCCCGAAAAUGGUUUGUAUAGACGAAGUAGUUGCUUACUUCAAAACACUUAAAAGCUACGAACGGCUUUGGAUGAUGUGUAGACUCCAAAGCCACUGUCUUCCAAUUGAAUUGAGGUACCUCGGCACUUGUUUAGAUAACUUGUCUAAAAGAGAUAUUCACAUAUUGAAAAAAUUGGAAAUUGAAGCCAACGAUCCAGCCAAUGUUAGUGAAGUAGCUUGCAAGUGUAUUUGCGAUAAAACUGUUAGGGCAGCGGUUAUUAAGUAUUUAUCUGUAUUAAACACUAAUAGUACAAAGUGUUCGGAACUAAUUUAUAAGGCGCUAACAGACGAMAAAGGUUUAGAACGCAUAUUUAAGUGUCCAAAAGCGUUCUUUAACGAUAAAAACGCAUUUGAGGAGCUUAUGGUAUUGUACACAUUAGCUGUAAAUCAUCCAGCGUUUAUAUUUGAACAAAAAACUCAACUAGAUAGCAUAUUCAAUUGUAUUAAGAAAGAAAAAGAGAGACAGUUGUCCAAAAAGAAAGGCGGUGAUCUAGACAAAGAAUCUUCUGAUAUUUUAGAGAACAUCAACACCAUGAUUCCACCACCCAACUAUAUGUAUCAGCAAACUCAAGGAGGGCCAAAUUAUCCUCUCAAUAGAAAUGGCUAUUUAUAUCCACGUCAUUAUUAUCCGUUUCCUCCUGUGAAUGUUCCACCAAUGCAAGUUUGUUACGACUAUCCACCACCMACCGCAGUUCCAGGUAUAAGAGGACCCCAUCAAGCUAAUUUUUCAAAAUCUCCAAGUCCAGUUUCUUGGCCUCCACGUACAUUCCAAAUAAAUCCACGUAAUCAGCAACCAAACAUAAACUCAAAGCAAAGGCAUCCUACUCCAUCAAGAUAUCGUAAUCCUCCAGAUCCUAGCUAUCCAUUUUCACAAUCAUGGAACAACUGGAACAUGUAUCAAAUGUCACCACAUAAUAUGUAUGCCAAUUAUAAUCAUACUCCAGGCAUAGUUCCUUCUUUCUAUCCUGAAAAUGCUAUGAGUCGUAACUACCAAGGACAUGGGACAAAAAGUAAACAUUCAACUGUUAAUCGAUAUCAAGAUCAAUGUAAAAGCCAAAUGCCGCCACCAAUGCCUGUGUCUACUUCUCCAAAUAAUGUUGAUGCUGUUAUUAAGAGUACCAAGCCUCUUCUAACAAAUACUACAACAAACUCUACAAAUGAAAAUGAACCUAUUCUUGAAACACAUAACCAGAUGCCAUCAUCAUCAAAAUCUUCAGAAGAUUGCAGUCAAAGUAGCUCUUAUAAAUCUAUUAACUCGUCUAUUUCGGAUAAAAUGUCAGGAGCUUUUCCUCAACAUWCAGUUGAGAAUAACUCAAAUAAUGCAAAUUCAAAGUUAGUUCAAUCUGAAAAUCAAUGUCAAAAUACUAGUUUAAAAGAGUUUAUCUCAAAGCCUACUCUUGAAAAUAAGAUGAAAACAGACAAAAAUACAAACCAACAAACAAUUACUACAUUAGGACUUCCUAAAAGUGAAUCCACAAAAAAUAUUGAUCUCUCUCCGCUUUCAACUGUGUUGGAUGAUGAAAAAAAUAAAGAGGAAGAGUCUACUGUUAUGUCGAAUGAGAUAAAUGAAGAAAAAUCCACGUCUAGUUCUGAUCACAAACCACAAAAUACAAAAAUUCAAGUGCAACUUGAAACCAACACAACAAAAGUAUAUGAAGUUCAAGAACCAACAGUUGGUGCUGCUGCAAAACCAAUGAGUACUUUCACUACAACUAGUUCAUACAAUGCGCAAGCCAGUAAAUAUUAUAAAGGGCGUCCAAUACAAUCUCAUCCGAGGACUUCACGUGACGGAAAUAUAAAUAAUAGUUAUAAUAGAAAACCUAUUGCAGGAGCAUCUGCUACAUCGUCUUUUAAUGAACCUGCAAGAGAAAAUUCACAUAAAAUGCAUUCUAAAGUACCUAACAAUGGUCAACAAUACUUUACUAUGGCGUACGAUAAUGGAUCAAGUGCUCUAGGUUAUAAUGCUCAAGCAUAUUAUGUUCAUCAAUCUCAAACUUCUCAACCGAUGUCAGGUUUUUCUCCUAUGCCACGUCAAUAUAUACCACAACAACAUGUUGUUCAAUCACCUGAGUAUCAGCAAGUUUAUCAACAACCUACUGAAUUUGUUUAUUAUCCAUCUUCUUCACAAACAUUUUAUACUACUACGCCUGUUUUAAUGCAACCUCAAGUAUUGGCUUAUCAUCCUCCAAAAGUAUCAUGCUAUAAUUGUGGAGGACAGAAUCAUACAGGAGCUGAAUGUACUGAAUUGACAAUGGAAGAAAUAACAAGUAAAGGUCUAUACGAACAUCAUUAUGGAUCCUCAAUGCCAGAUGGCAGACCCCGGAAUUGACAGUUAUACUGGUGCAAUUAUUAUUCAUAAUUACAACAAUCAGGAUGACUUGAGACUUCAAGGAUGGUGACCUAUCAUACCCUCUCCUAUAGUAUUAAUUUUUAUUUAAUUUAAAUGAUUAUUCCUUGAUUCGUUACCUGUUGUUUCCAAAUAUAUAAGACUGGGUAAUGCUUUUCUUCCAUAUUAGUAUUUUUUAAAUUAAUAACAUUAGCAGUAUGAUAAAAAAAUUAAUAUUAAAUCAAACACUUGAAAUUUAUAGCGACUUAGUCGUUUCCUCUUAUUUUAAAUUAUUUUCACCAGUCACAUUAUAAUUCAUUCUCGAUAUUAUUUCUAACUUAUUGAACCAUAGAUCCUAUAAGAAUUUCUCAUCAUCUCUCCACCCUUAAAUUAUGUCUUAUCGCGAAUCAAAUGUUUUCAA